ACCCAGCCCACACCAUAUGCACACCACCGUAGCUAAACCCCCUAUGUCAAAAGUUUCUCGUCUCCAUCUAGUCUGCAAACAAACCCUACUGCUACUCAAGGUGAAUGAUUUGUGGGUGAUAAACGAGAAUACUCAUCGUACAGGGAAACAUGGCUAGCCAAGCAGCUAGCUCUUUCAAUGGCAACGUGAAGAAAGCGAUUGCUGGCCUCAGACGUAUCAAUCUUGAAGGCUUGCGUUGGAGAGUAUUUGAUGCUAAAGGCCAGGUCCUUGGAAGAUUAGCAUCUCAAAUAUCAACAGUAGUUCAAGGCAAAGAUAAGCCUACAUAUGCUCCAUAUCGUGACGAUGGGGAUAUGUGCAUUGUUCUUAAUGCGAAGGAUGUAUGCGUUACAGGGAGAAAGAUGACGGAUAAGUUUUAUCGCUGGCAUACUGGGUAUGUGGGCCAUCUCAAAGAAAGGAGUUUAAAGGAUCAGAUGGCGAAAGAUCCUACUGAAGUAAUUCGCAAAGCUGUCCUGCGAAUGCUUCCUAGAAACAAAUUGCGUGAUGAUAGAGAUCGAAAGCUGAGAAUUUUUGCUGGAAGUGAGCACCCCUUUGGUGAUCGGCCCCUUGAACCAUAUGUAAUGCCUCCUAGAGCAGUGCGAGAAAUGCGGCCACGUGCCAGACGAGCCAUGAUUCGAGCUCAGAAAAAAACUGAACAGCAAGAACAAGGUGGUAAUGAUAAGCAAAAAGGCAGAAAGAAAGAAGUUUAAGAAGAGACUGAGUGAAACUUGGGAGGGCUAAUGAUACAAGAUUGUGAAGAAACAAAGAAGUUGAACUGAAAAUGGAUGAACUAAAAUUGGAAAACUAGUGUCCAUCUGUCAAAUAGAUGUUUUCUUAUUCUGUAUGUAACUUGCCAUAAAUGAUCAUGGAUCCCAUUCUGUCAGAAAUUGAAGUAUUACUCUCCUGGUUCUUGAAAUUCCUGUUAGGUCUAUCAUCAGUCUGAGAGAGAAAUGGGACUGUGAUUGCUGCAAGUUCUUAGGUUGUCCUGGGAAUUCUUUUCUCCGGACAUAUUUUCUGUGAGAAAAUGCAAUACUGAAUUUUGGCUGAUGGCUGUUGAUGUCCGAAAAUGCACAUGUAUCGCCAGUGUCGUAUGCAUUAACCAGCGGUUCAGAUAAUUAAA